AUGGGGAAAAACAAAUUAGUCUUCGCCCAGGGCUCCUGCUACUUCCUUGCCUUCCUGUUUAGCUUCAUCGUGGUGGUGCCACUGACUGAGAACUGCCAUGACUUCCACGGCCGCUGCUUGCUCUUCACGGAGGGCAUGUGGCUGAACACCAAUCUGACCGUGCAGGAACAUCAGCGCUUCACCGUGCAGGAGUGGGGCUCUCCUGCUGCCUGCCACUACUCUCUGCUCGCUGCCCUGCUCUCUCUGUCUGUGGCCAUCGGGUUAGCCUGGCGGUCGCUCUAUCUGCUGUGCAAGGGAUUCGACGAGACCUGCCUUGAAUCAUUUGCGGCUUUGAUGCUUAAUAUCUUCAUCCUCUUCGUAGUCUUCAUUGCCUGUACUAUCAUCAGUGUGGGAUUUGACAUGUGGUGUGAUGCCAUCACAGAGAAAGGCAGCAUGCCCAACAGCUGUGAAGAGCUUCAGAAUAUGGACUUGGAUUUGAACCCUGAAAACUCGGCCUUUUAUGACCAGUUUUCUCUUGCCCAGUUUGGUCUCUGGGCUGCCUGGCUGGCCUGGCUGGGCAUCACCAUCUUGGCCUUCCUGAAGGUUUACCACAACUACCGGCAGGAGGACCUGCUGGAGAACCUCAUCCACGAGAAGGAGCUGCUGCUGGGCCGAGCCUCGUCGAGGACCUUUUUUCAAGAUGACAAGAGCGGCAUGAUCUAA